AUGUAAUCUCUAGUUUUAUCAGCUAGAAUUCCUUCAACUUCAAUUUUACAUAAGAAGAAGUCCUCAGAUUUUCACAGUGUAAACUCAAAUCUGACUAGAGUACAAUCUCCAUCUGGAAAUAAAUUAAAUUAAGCAUUUGGUCGAUGUUAGACAAUGAAAACAUUGAAUAGUGAAAGAGAUCCUGUUGAAAUAACAAUCUCUUUAAUUUUAAAUGGACAGAAGUAAUUCAAUCAUUAUUAAACUAGAUUUAUUGUUCCUAUUAGCAUUUACUAAAAUACAACUGAUUUAUAUAAGAAAUUAAUUGGAAAGGUACUACAAGUGAAUCCGACUCUUGUAAAUAAAAUAAAACACUUUCAAACACACUCAAGUGUUAAGAAUUAUAAUAUUGAUUACUACUUAUCACUUGAACUGAAACCGUUAGAAGUAUUUGAAGAAUAAAGACAUUUGAAAUUAGAACCUUAUUAUUCAAAUUCAGUUGGUAAUCAAAUGAGUAUUGAAGAUUAUGAUAUACUGAAAUGUAUAGGUGUAGGGUAUAAUUAAUAUAUAUAUUGCAAUAGUGGAUUUUCAAGAGUAUAUUUAGUAAGAAAGAGAGAUAAUGGUUUAUUUUAUGCAAUGAAACUGAUAGAUAAGAACUUCAUUCUUAAAUCUAAUAAGGAAAUAAUCAUUUGUAAUGAAAAAUAUGUAAUGGAACAAUUAAAUUCUCCUUAUUUAGCUAAAUUAUUUUAUUCAUUUGAAACUAAAUUCUAUCUUGUUUUUGUUAUGGAGUAAUAUAUCCUAUUAAAUUUAGAUAUUGUGCAGGUGGUGAAUUAUUUUAUCAUUUGAGAAAAUGGAAAAGAUUAUCAGAACCAUUAGCAAAAUAAUAUUUUGUUUAAGUUUGUUUAGCAAUCAAUGAGUUGCAUAAAUUUGAGAUUGUCUAUAGAGAUAUCAAACCUGAAAAUAUAUUAUUAGAUUUGGAUGGAUAUAUAAGACUAUCAGAUUUUGGUUUGUCUAAACCAAAUAUGAAUAGAGAUGAAACAGCAUAUUCAUUUUGUGGAUCACCUGAAUAUAUGUCACCAGAGAUGUUAAAAAGAGAAGGACAUAAUUAUAUGGUGGAUAUUUAUUGUUUAGGUGCAUUGCUUUAUGAAUUUAUCUUUGGAUCACCUCCUUUUUAUUGUAGAAACAUAGACUAAAUUUAUAAUAGUAUUUUAAAUGAUAAACUUUAAUUUCCUCCAUAUAAAGAUAUUAAUCCUGAUCUUAAAGAUUUGAUUUCGAAAUUAUUAAUAAAAGAUCCUUCUAAACGUUUGGGAGCAUAAAAUGGUAUCAAAGCUAUUUUAUAACACAAAUGGUUUUAAGAUUGUGAUAUUGAAGCCUUAGUUAAAAGGAAAUGUGAGAUCAGUUAUAAACCAAUGCCAUUAAAAUAUAAUUUUGAUGAAUUGGAAUUUAGCAAAGGAGAUCAUGAAUUUUAAAAAAAGCUUUAUGAAAAUUUAAGAUUGGAAAAAUAGGUUUAAUUUUAAAAAUAUAAUUAUAGGGUAAAUUUACUCGUUCAUUUCCACAUUUUGAAUAUGUUAAUAAAAGAAUAAUAGAUUAUAGAUAAAACAUAUUAGAAUAAUUAACAAAACCAAGAUAGAUCUAAGGAUAAUAAGGAUUACCAAAACAGUAAUAAAAGACUCAAAUAUGUUUAUCACCAGUAUCUUAAGUAAAAGAACAUUCAAAUAUUUAAUAAUUGAUUUCAGGAUCCUUUAAAUAAUCCUCUUAAGGUAAGCGGUUCAAUACAGAUAUGGACCUAUUUAAAUUGAUGAAAUAAGUAUGA